UAAAAAGAGUUUUUAGGGUGUUUAUGAGGCUGAUAGAACAAUAAAUUGAAAUAUAAACUUUGAAACUAGAAAAACAUCUAAAAGAGUUAAACUAUAAUAUGCAUUGCAUAAAUAUUGUGGUAGAAUUUUUAAAAUUAUCGAAAAGAUGAGUUGUUGACGAACAAUAUCCAAAAAAGUGAAACAAUCGGGUUUGAACGCUCUUGACCGAAUGAAGUAUACCCCGAAAAAAAUGCUGUGAUAUUUUAUCAAGCUUUAUCACUUGCAUUCAUAUUAACAAAGAACCUAAACAAUACAUAAACCUGUUUUAUGAUAAAAUUAAUCACAAGCGAAAGCCAUUAAAGAGAAAACGAAAACACCGGUACAUCAUUAAGUAAAUCGAAGUCUAUUUUUAUAGCAUAUUAUACCGUGAUUUAUUGAGGCUUCCAUGCACAACGAAAGUGCUUUAGAAAGGCAACAAUAAUAAUUGAAGUAUUCCUAUUUUAUGUGUGAAUUAAAAAUGGUAUACCAAUUUAAUGUGCAUUGAAUGAAAAAUAGCUACACAUACAGCUACGAAACAAAUGUUCGAAAGGAUAUUACUUUUGAGAUUCAGCACUGUGUCGAAAUAAUUGAAGGUCAUAACAAUGCAAAGUAAGAUGGACGGUGUAUUCACUCAUUCGGAUGUUUCCAAACUAGAAAAUUAUUGGUAUCGGUGUAUUUCCAGCUUUGAACCAUGUCAACUUUCAAUCGUACAGAGCUGUUCGAUUCAGCCACCAGUAUGGGCUGCAACUGCUUUUCAAAACCUACAAACAUCGUCGGCAGAUGCCAAUGCUACCAAACUACUUACUGCGUGGUUUAUUUACAUUGCUCGAGACACCCAAAUGUCCCAAAUACAGAUCGGAUGGGAUGCAUCAGAGCGAAACAGCUACUACCACGACGACAACGCAUCAGCUACGCACAGAUUUGAAAAAACGGUUCCGUUUUUGACAUCAAUUGACUUAAAUGACACCUUUUCUGGCGUUACUGCCAACGUAGAGAACGAUUUAAAAAAAUUGGUGAAACAUUUGCCAUGCUCAUCCGAUUCACGUGUUCGACACGCUAUAUGUUCUGCAAACGGUUUGGGCAGCAAUCAACCUUGGGCAUUGGCUGUAUCUCUAAUCGACAGGCAAGACGCAGUUUCAUUAGAAAAUACUGACGCAUUGUGCGCCCACGGCAAUUUGUUGACACUUCAAAUCAACGAACAUAACGGUACAUUUCGCUGGUUCUAUGACAGUAAUAAGAUAUCAGAAGUGGAGGUCAACCGCAUUUCAUCGCGUCUGUUGGUUUUGCUUGAAUCCGCCCACAGCAGAGAUCAAGCACAAAAAAGUGUUAGUAAACUGAAUUUGUUACCAAACGCUGAGCGUGAACUUCUACUCAAUGUGUGGAACCAAAACGAUAAACCAUAUCCAACAAGCGAUUGCUUUCACCAAAUGUUCGAGGAACAAGUGAAACGCGAUAAAUCAGCUAUCGCUGUGGUGCACGAAGAAGAACAGAUUAGCUACGGUGCUCUUAAUGAACAGGCAAAUCGAUUGGCACAUCACUUGAUCGCAAAGGGCGUUAAACCAGAUGAUUGUAUUGCUCUUUGUGUCAAGCGUAGCACGAAAAUGAUCGUAGCUAUAUUGGGCAUCUCAAAAGCUGGCGGUGCUUAUGUUCCUCUUGAUCCUGUUUACUCGAGUCAACGACUAAUGGUAAUUGUUCAGGAUGCCAAGCCGUUCUGUCUAUUGGUUGAUGAAAGUGGUAAAAAGGCACUUGGAGACCAUCAAGUACCAAUGGUAAAUUUGGAUGAAGAAUUGCCUGUCGGCCUUUCGAUCAAUAAUCCUGACCCAGUUGAACUGGGACUCACUCCAUCCCAUCUGGCUUAUGUGAUUUACACCUCCGGUUCGACCGGUACACCAAAAGGAGUGAUGGUAGAGCAUCAACAUGUGACAAACUACCUUCAUUGGUUUGGUGAGGUGAUUACAGCUGAAGAUUUUGAGCAUACAUUAUUUUCCACUUCUGUUGGUUUUGAUGUGUCUGUUUGGGAAUGUUUUGCGCCAUUAACCGUUGGAAAGACGAUACAUAUCGUGGAGGAUGCACUUGCGAUUUCGACACAAAUAUCCUCGAACAUCACACUGCUCAAUACUGUACCAUCUGCCGUUACUGCAAUUCUAAAUGCAGAAACUCUACCAUCUUCAGUGCAUGCUCUCGUUAUAUCCGGCGAACCCUUACACACAAGUUUAAUCAAUCGCAUCUUUAAGUGUACCCAAGUCCAGAAAAUAUAUAAUCUUUAUGGAUCGACGGAAUCGACUUAUGCAACUUGGCACAUGUAUAAGCCAGGCGAUGCCGCAAUCGAAACAAUAGGUCGGCUUACUGCCAACUCUCGCAUUUAUUUGCUGGAUGCAAAUGGCGAACCGGCUCCAUUGGGAUCUGAAGGUGAGGUGUAUAUUGGCGGUGCUGUUAUUGGUCGCGGUUAUCUCAACCGACCUGAACUUACCGCCGAACGUUUCCUACGCGAUCCAUUCAGUGAAAAAUCGGGAGCACGUAUGUAUCGUACAGGCGAUCGUGCACGUUAUUUACCUGAUGGAAAUCUAGUAUAUAUGGGUCGGAUAGAUCAACAGGUGAAAAUUCGCGGUUUUCGAAUUGAGCCUGGUGAAAUCGAAGCGCGCUUAGUCGAACAUCCACUGGUUCGAGAAGCGGUUGUUUUGUUAUGGAAAAGCCAUCCUGAUACCGAUGCCCGACUAGUUGCAUAUGUGGUUGCUGAUCCGAUUAAAUCACUCGCUCAGAAUUUACGCAAUUAUCUUUCAUUUUCAUUGCCUGAUUACAUGGUACCGGCCGCUUAUGUGCGUUUGUCGACCAUGCCAAUCACAACGAACGGCAAGCUAGACCGUAGAGCACUGCCCGAACCAGACGAUGACGCAUUUGCUCGACAGAUGUAUGAGGCUCCAUACGGUGAAAUGGAAGAAAAACUAGCCACUCUCUGGAGUGAAUUGCUGGGAAUUGAACGAGUAAGCCGACACGACAACUUCUUUGAACUAGGUGGCCAUUCGCUCUUGAUUGUCCGGAUGUUGGCAGAAUUGCGUCAAGCUGGCCUGAACACUAGCGUUCGAGAGAUAUUUGAUGCACCAUCUUUGGUUGAACUGGCUAAAACCCUUGGCCAUCACAAGUCGAUCACCGUUCCGCCCAAUCUUAUAACCGCUGAUUGCACGACCAUUACUCCAAACAAGUUGCCGCUCAUCAGUCUUUCUCAGGCAGAAAUCGAUGCAAUAGUUAAACAGAUUCCGGGUGGUGUUGCAAAUAUUCAAGAUAUUUAUGGGCUGGGUCCACUUCAGCAUGGAAUCGUAUUCCGUCAUUUAAUGGCCAAACAUGGUGACCCAUAUUUGCUAGGUACACAUUUACACUUUAAAAACCGAUUGGCGCUUGAAAGAUAUUCAGAUGCCAUGCAACAGGUGAUUAAUAGACACGAUGCUUUACGGACUGCAUUUUUCUGGGACGGCCUCAAUGAACCGGUGCAGGUCGUAUUGCGUCACGCUUCUUUGAAGCUCACCGAAGUCACACUAAAUGAUACCAAUAAGUCGGCACUAGAACAGUUGAACGACCGCUUUAACGCAAGUAACUUCCGUCUAGACUUGAAGCAAGCACCUCUAUUGCGUUUGGUAGCCGCGCCAACGUCUGAAGGAGACUGGGUGGCUCUGCAACUGAUGCAUCAUUUAAUUAUUGAUCAUGUCACUCUAGAAACACUACAUUCAGAGGCCAAAAUUAUUAUGAAUGACUGCGUCCAUCAGUUGGCAACACCCAUACCAUUCCGGAAUCUAGUUGCUCAAUCAAAUCUUGGAAUUAGUCCAGCCGAACAUACUGAAUUCUUCAAAGAAAUGCUUGCCGACAUUGACACUCCGACUCUGGCUUUUGGUCUGAAUGAUAUUUACCACGAAGCUAUUGCUCAUUUUGAUGAAGUUUACCUAAAGCUUUCACAAGAACUUAAUAAUCAGUUACGAAUGCAAGCACGAAAUUUGCGAGUUAGCUUGGCCAGCUUGUGCCAUUUGGCUUGGGCUCAAGUACUUUCUCGAGUUAGUGGACGUGAUACCGUGGUUUUUGGAACUUUAUUAAUUGGCCGUUUACAGGAAGGAGAUGGAAAUGGUAGUGCAAUGGGGAUGUGGAUUAACAUGCUACCAUUGCGUCUGGACAUCGAUGACACACCAAUUGAAACUGCUGUACGUCACACACAUGCUCGAUUAACCGCUUUAGUAGUUCACGAACAUGCAUCGCAAGUGUUGGCGGAACGCUGCAGUGGUGUGCCAGCCAACAUACCUCUUUUCAAUACGUUACUUAAUUACCGGUAUAGUCACGAUACCGAGCAGUUAUCUACAAAUGACGUCACUGUGCUACGCGAGAUAGAACAGACAAACUACCCAAUAUAUCUGGCGGUGGACGACUACACUCACUCGCUGAGUCUAACUGUGCAAGUGGUGUUGCCAAUAUCAGGCGCACGUAUCUGUGCUUAUAUGCAACAGACUCUGGUAUCACUGGUCAACGCAUUGGCACACACACCACAGCAACCUGUACGAACAUUGACUGUGAUUCCACCGGAAGAGCGUGAGAUGUUAUUGCAUGGCUGGAACGAAUCGACAGUCGAUUAUCCAUCAAUUCGUUAUCUUCAUCAGUUUUUUGAAGAGCAAGUGGAAUGCAAUGGACAAGCAAUUGCCGUUGAGAGUGAUGGAAGCACUUUGACCUAUGCUGAACUCAAUGCCGAAGCAAAUCAAUUGGCACAUUACUUAAUUGCAAAAGGAAUCAAACCAGACGAUCGUAUUGCCCUUUGCGCCAAGCGUAGCCUAAAAUUACUAAUAGCUAUGCUGGGUAUCCUGAAAGCCGGCGGUGCCUUUGUCCCACUUGACCCGGUCCACUCGAGUCCACGUUUGAAACAUAUAUUGAAAGAUGCUGAACCGUUGUGUCUAUUGGCGGAUUACGCUGGUCGGGAAGCCCUAGGAGAUCAUCAAGUACCAAUGGUAAAUUUGGAUGAAGCAUUGCCUGCUGGCCUUUCGGUCGACAAUCCCAACCCGGACAAACUGAGACUCACUCCAUCACAUUUGGCAUAUUUGAUUUAUACCUCCGGUUCGACUGGUACAUCAAAUGGUGUAAUGAUUGAACAUAGGAAUGCAGCAAAUUUUCUUUGUUGGUGCAAAGAAGUAUUCACAGCCGAAGACUUGGAUCAUACAUUGUUUUCAACUUCUGUUGGUUUUGAUUUGUCGAUUUUUGAAUGUUUCGCUCCGCUGUCGGUGGGAAAGACGAUACAUAUCGUACCCGAUGCUCUCAAUAUGACACAAAAACUGUCUAAAAUCACUCUGCUCAAUACUGUACCUUCUGUAGUGAGUACGAUACUAAAUGCAGGAAUCAUACCACCUUCACUCCGCGCUCUCAACACUGCAGGCGAACCGUUAAAUUCCAACUUAAUAGAUCGCAUUUUUACACAUACGCAAAUUGAAAAACUAUCAAAUCUCUAUGGUCCAUCUGAAACGACCACUUAUUCAACAUGGCAUCAGUAUAAACGAGGUGAUGCUGCAAUUGAAACGAUUGGGCGUCCCAUUGCCAACACUCGCAUUUAUCUACUAGACGCAAAAGGUGAAGUGGUUCCAUUAGGAGCCACAGGAGAGGUGUAUAUUGGUGGGGCUGGUGUGGCACGUGGCUACUUCAAACGGCCCAAAAUUACCGCCGAACGUUUUCUGCCGGAUCCAUUCAGUGAUUCGGGGGCACGCAUGUAUCGCACCGGUGACUUGGCGUGCUAUCGACCUGAUGGUAGUCUCGUCUUUUUAGGACGCAUUGAUCAGCAGAUAAAAAUUCGUGGUUUUCGAAUGGAGCCCGGUGAAAUUGAAGCCCGGUUACUUGAACAUGCUGUAGUGCGCGAAGCAGUUGUACAAUCAUGCCGUGAAACACCUGAUUCUGAAGCUCGUUUAAUUGCAUAUGUGGUUGCUGAUCCCGACGCAUCGUUGAAUCAGACCUUACGCGCUUAUUUGGCAUCUUUACUGCCUGAUUAUAUGGUGCCGGCGGCUUAUGUUUGUCUAUCAUCCUUACCACUUACACCAACCGGCAAGUUGGAUCGACGUGCACUACCAGCUCCAGACGAUGAAGCAUUUGCUCGUCAAUCGUAUGAACCUCCAAAAGGUGAAAUGGAAGAAAAAAUUGCCAAACUCUGGAGUAAACUGCUAGGUAUUGACCGCAUUAGUCGACAUGACAAUUUCUUCGAAUUGGGCGGACAUUCGCUUCAAGUUAUGCAAUUCAUAAAUCAAGCCAAAAAGCUCUAUGGUGUACAUGUUGACGUUCGGGAUCUAUUUUCAUUUCCAAUCCUCAAAAAUUUUGCAAACAAAAUAACAAACUCAGCCGACCGAUCGUAUUCUGAUUCAGCCAUUCCAGUUCGUCACUCUGGUGAUAAAACACCUCUAUUUUUGUUACCAGACGGCUACGGAGAUAUUUCUUAUACUUUUGAGCUAGCACGUGAGAUUGAAAAAAGUAUUCCCGUUUACGUUUUACCAUGGUUGUCGCCAGAGGAAGAACAACCGUCGUCCAUUGAGGAAAUGGCCAAUGCAAUGAUUCCACUAAUCAAGAAAGCACGUCCCAAUGGUCCUUGUGGCCUUGCUGGCUACUCUGCUGGGGGUAUUCUAGCCCAUGAAAUAGCAAAACAACUCAUAGGCAGUGGCUAUCCUGUUUCAUUCUUGGGCUUAAUCGAUACCAAUUCAAUUCUAAAAAUGUGCAAAUUCAAUGAAACGGAAAGCUUUUUAAAGUUUUUAGAACAUAAGUAUCCGUCUAUUAAAACGUCAAAUUGGUGGGUCCGCGUCAGUGAAUUACCUCCCAAUGAAGCCAUUGAAGAAGUAAAGAAGAACAAAGUCGAUUUAAAUAAUGCCGAUAUCGAUUGGGAAGCUUUGUUGUCAAAACAACAAAUCCAUUACCAUAGCAUUUGCGAAGAGUACAAGAUUGAAUCACUUCCGAUUAAAGUUAGCUUAUUCAAGGCAUCACAAUUAUUGGAUGGCGCUGAGAAACACAGUGAAGCAUUUUAUAAUCUAACAAAACUUGGCUGGGAAAAUUACUAUAUUACCACAGAUUUUCACGUGAUACCAGUUAGCGGUGAUCAUUUUACAAUGAUGAAAGAUACAGAUAAUAGACGUUUAUUGGGACGAAAAAUUACUGAAGCACUGCUUUCUAACCAGUAAAUUUUGCUCCGAAUUUUAUGUAAUAUCAACAAAGUCUCCUUUGACACUACAAAUAAAAUGUCUUACAUCCGUAAGAUGAACUUUUCCGCACUGUGAUCCACAACAUGCAUUUAUU